AUGUCGUCCAUUCUCCUCCCGAACACCGCUGCGCAGAUACUGCGCAAACGGUCGACUCCCUGGCCGUUUCACGCCGCGCAGAGCAUGCCAUACUCCCACACGACAAAGCCAUCAAAUACGCUCGCGUCAUCCGGCGUUUCCCUCGUUUUCCUCGUACUCGCGGAAUCUGUGUGCCUGUCGAACGCGUACAACGUGGAUCUAUCGGGCAUAGUCAGCGACACUCGGGCGGUCGAGCACUCACAGUGUUCGGUUCUCAUCCGCGUCUCCCCGCGCAUGUGA